GAUCGCUGGGCUUCAGUCCUUUUAAAGUCGUAUACGGGUUCGUUCCGCGCGGGCCUUUGGCUUUGUCGACUUUGCCUCAACCAGGAGAGUUCCAUGGUCGGGCAGUGGAGCUCAUUGACGAGCUGUCGGUGGUGCAUGCUCGCGCCCAGGACAAUUUUCAGGGCACUGCUAUUAAGUACAAAAGAGCCGCGGAUAAGCAUCGACGCGAGGUGAAUUUUCAAGUGGGCGACCAACUGUGGGCUGUUCUAACUAAAGACCGGUUUCCUAUAGGUCAAUACAACAAACUGAAAGAUAGGAAGAUAGGACCAGUGGCGGUUGUUGAACGGAUAAAUGCUAACGCCUAUCGCCUAGCUUUACCUCCCCACGUCCAUACGGCCGACGUCUUCAACGUCAAGCACCUUUUCAAGUAUGAACCUGACGAUAACAUCCUUUCUGGAUUCGUGGACGAAUCGCUCGUACGGGAGGGGACCUGAUGCAGCAUAGCAUCCUAUUUCGAUUAGGUUUGGUUUCAUAGUUUCCUUUUCUUUUGUUUUAGAUAAACAUUAGCUUAAACUUAAAGAUUAGGAUUAAGACUUAAGGAUACAAGAUUAGAUUCUAAUCCCUAAGGACUUAGGACUUUUCAUAGGUUAUAUAUAUAGUGAUCUCUUGAAUUGUAAGAGACACGACUUUUGAUUAUUGAUUUAUAAAACUUAGAGCUUUGUGUUAAACAACUCUUAAACCUUACUUCUGGGCAUUCUUUGAGAAUUCAACAGACUUAAGAAGACUUAGAUAACGGGCAUUCGCAGAAUUCAACGUUACCUUCGCAUUAUCGGUUACUUUUGGUUACUUCCGCUCUAUUAGAAAGGCCAUAGGGAGAUCAUUAAAACCAAAAAUACAUUGAGAAAUGAGAAACCCAGCCACGUUAAAACAUCAGGUAGCUUCUUCAGAGGUCUCAAUGAUAGAUUAGUGAGAAAGACCACAUGCGUAUUCACUGAUAAAAGACAAGUGGCAGUCAACAAAUCUUAUACCAUUUCUUAAUCCUAAUUUGUAAAUUAAAAAACGUGUUUUAAACAUAGAUGAUGAAACUUGUAAGUAAUAUAUCUUUUCUUUACUACAGAUCUAAGACUAAUAAUACGUUAUCUUCUAGAUCUCAAGUCUAAUAAUAUUUGUUUUCUCAAUCUCCCACAUUUGCUACGUUUAUGUUCUUUUUUUUAUUAAGUCCCAGUCUAUUCUUGAAACUCAAAAAAACGUAUAUAUAUAGAGAGAAACCAUUCAGACCAUUUCCUCAUUCAGUUCUUACACCAAAAACAAGAAGAAAACUUGUAGCAUUAACUUUUGUUUCUUGUCCUAAUGAAGACUACUCAUCGUCGGUUAUCUUCAUCUUUAACUAAACUCUGCGAGAGACUGUCCUCAUUCAAGAAUGGUGAUGACAAUAUAAGAGAAUUGCAAGCUGUCUUUGCUUACAUGGAUGCUAACAGAGACGGUAGAAUCUCUGUAGAAGAGCUUACGAAGAGUUUUAAUACAUUAGGAGAGCAACUUUCUGAUGAAGAAGCCAAAGUUGUGGUUAAACUGUCUGAUAUAGAUGGAGAUGGGAUGUUGGAUUUUGAGGAGUUUGCUCAGUUAAUCAAAGGGAGUGGUGAUGAGUUUACAGAGGAAGAGAAGAAGAGGAAGAUGCUGGAAGCGUUUAGAAUGUAUAUUGAUGAAAGUGAAGAUUGUAUUACUCCUAGAAGCUUGAAGACUAUGCUGAUGAAGCUUGGUGAGUUAAGAACGAAUGAUGAUUGUAGGGUUAUGAUCAAAGUUUUUGAUCUUAAUGAUGAUGGAGUUUUAAGUUUUGAUGAGUUUGCUCAUAUGAUGAUGCGUUAAAGAAUUGGCCCAUCCAUUGUUGUUGUGGCUUUAUUGCUGUAAAUAUGAUAUAUGCAAUCAAUAAACAUGUCUUUUAUUCAAUGUACAUGAAUCAUAUUCCAUUUUGGUUCUUAUUUCAAAAACUACAUGACGAAGCAUCCAAAAGGGAAAAAAAUGUUCAAAGAAUCGCUAAGAAUCCACUAGACCACUUUUUUUCUUACAAAAAAAAACACUGAUUUACAAAAAAAAAAUUUGAAAAAUUGUUUCGUUUAGACAUGAUUUACCGCCUAAACAAACUUUUAGAACACCGAAAAAAAAACAGAACACAAUAGACCGACAAAGCAAGGAAUCCACUUUUUAAUCAGAGACCCUUGUAUUGUAUUAUUACAAAAAUCAAAUUUAGGUCAUAUACUGUGUUUCGCUCAUUAUUAAACCACAAAUAGGGAAUGGUUUAUUAGGCCAAUAAACCUAUUUGAGACGUGAGCGUAGGUCCAACUAACUACACUUAUUUUGUAAGACCGGGUUUGAUCUAUCGGAUCUUCAUAUCAUCUCAUAGUCUAAUACUAAAAUAUAAAAUAAAUGAACAUAUCUCUAUGACAAAUUUGAUAACAACUCACGUUAUUCUACCGUCCAUGGUACUAUAAAACACAUCAAUUAAAUGCCAGCUUAUAUAACACAUCAAUUCAUUUAUAAUCAACGAAGCCAUAAGACUAAUACCAUCUCGAAUGUAAAACUUCAUUUUUUCUCUAAAAUAGAAUACAGAGUAAAAAUGUUUCAAUUCAUUCUAUUUUUUACUGUAUAAUAGAAUAAUGAACGAACAAAAAUUAGAUUACUUUUUUUUGGAGUGAAAAAUAAAGUGCAAUUGAAACAUUUUUUACUACAUACUUCAUUUGGAGCGAAAAAAUUAGUGGGUUGGAAAUGUCCUAAGCUCACAAUUAAUAUGUAUGCCCCAGCUCUCUAUCAAUUAAUUACCAAAUACUACGGGGUAAUUGGUUGAGCUGUAGAAAAUGACUUUAGCUUUAAUUUUCAUUUACAGCCUAAAAUACUAUCAAUUAUGUUUUAUCUUAGUUUCUAAAGUUACAACCAAAAACUAAAGCUACUGCAAAAACACACAAAAAAUGGUUGUAAAAAUAUUAUUUUCUAAACCUCCAUCUUUUUAGCUGUAAGAAAUUUUAAAGCUACAUUCCUUAAAGCUAAAUCAAAAAAUUUUAAGGAUUAAA